CGUUCCCCCCCGACUUCCCACAUCCUCCCUCUGGCCCCCAAAGCAGUCUUGCACAGGUGUACCGGCUCCUCCCCUUCAGUCUUGCACAGGUGUACCGGCUCCUCCCCUUCAGUCUUGCACAGGUGUACCGGCUCCUCCCCUUCAGUCUUGCACAGGUGUACCGGCUCCUCCCCUUCAGUCCCCUUGCACAGGUGUACCGGCUCCUCCCCUUCAGUCUUGCACAGGUGUAGCGGCUCCUCCCCUCCAGUCUUGCACAGGUGUAGCGGCUCCUCCCCUUCAGUCUUGCACAGGUGUACUGGCUCCUCCCCUGGACUGAAACAGCUUCCUCUGAUGUCACCGCACACUCCUGACUGUCCCUGGCCCCGCCCC